CCCAUUUCUCAAAUUUCCAGAAAGCAAAAGUAGAGUUGAGUUCUACUAGCUGCAGGAGAAUAUUUAUCUAUUACAUUUUUCAGAAUCCGAGAGAGAAAGCAAAAGCGAAAUAUGGCUGCUUUAGACGAAACUCCUUCAGCGAAGAGGUGGCUUCCUCUUGAAGCUAACCCUGAGGUUAUGAACCAGUUCCUUUGGGGCCUUGGCCUCCCAGAGGAUGAGGCAGAGUGCUAUGAUGUUUUUGGCUUGGACCUAGAACUUUUGGAAAUGGUUCCAAAGCCUGUACUAGCUGUGGUGUUUCUUUAUCCCUUAACUGCAGAGAGUGAAGAAGAGAGAAUUCAACAGGCAAAUGAAAAGAAGGAAGCUAGCAGUAGUGUUUAUUUUAUGAAACAAACUGUUGGCAAUGCUUGUGGAACAAUUGGACUACUUCAUGCUAUUGGGAAUCUCACUUCAGAGAUCAAGCUUGUUGAGGGAUCAUUCUUGGAUAGGUUUUUUAAAACUACUGCUACAAUGGAUCCAUCAGAGCGCGCAACAUAUCUUGAGAAAGACACAGAAAUGGAAGUUGCUCAUUCAGUAGCGGCUACUGCUGGCGAAACAGAAGCUUCAGAUAAUGUGGACACUCAUUUCAUCUGUUUCUCAUGUGUGGAUGGGGAACUUUAUGAGCUUGAUGGAAGAAAGACAGGACCAAUAUCUCAUGGUCCAUCCUCACCAAGCAGCAUAUUGCAGGAUGCAGCUAAAGUCAUACAGGGCAUGAUCGAGAAGAAUCCCAACUCCCUCAACUUCAAUGUUAUUGCCAUUUCAAAGAAAUCUGAGGGUGCAUCUUAAGGUUGCUGUUUAGCUUGAUUAAUUCAUCAAUGGUUCAAGUGUUAAUGAUGUAGUUGGUAGGCAUCUUUAAACCCCCACUGACUUUUUCAGUUUGUAAGCAUGUCAACAAGCAUCUUGGCAUAAGCUCAUGGUUCUGUUUCCAUAGAGCAGAUACAUUGACCCUGUGGAUGACUGUAGGGUAGACUGUUUAGUGUCUCCUAAACUAUGCUAUAUAUUGGCAGCCUGUCUGAUUUAUGCUUAUAGGGCUCCAGCAUAAUUUGAACUUAAAUUGAUUUUGAUGCUAAUGAUUUUGGGCUACUAAAGAAUGAAUGUGAUGGGAAUCUAUAUGCCUUGGACUGUUUA